AUGAAGGGAGCUGGGCCGUCCCCGCGACAGUCCCCCCGCGCCCUCCGCCCCGACCCUGGCCCCGCCAUGUCCUUCUUCCGGCGGAAAGUGAAAGGCAAAGAACAAGAUAAGACUUCAGAUGCCAAGUCAGUUAAAGCCUCAAAUCCUGUAUAUUCCCCACAAAAAAGCACUAAAAAUCAUGCAUUGCUGGAGGCUGCAGGACCAAGUCAUAUUGCAAUCAAUGCCAUUUCUGCCAACAUGGACUCCUUUUCAAGUAGCAGGACGGCAACACUCAAGAAGCAGCCAAGCCACAUGGAGGCCGCUCAUUUUGGUGACUUGGGCAGGUCUUGUCUGGACUACCAGAUUCAAGAGGCCAAAUCAAGUCUUUCAAAGACUCUUGAACAGGUCUUGCAUGACACUAUUGUCCUCCCUUAUUUCAUUCAAUUCAUGGAACUUCGGAGAAUGGAGCAUUUGGUUAAAUUUUGGUUAGAAGCUGAAAGUUUUCGCUCUACAACUUGGUCCCGAAUAAGAGCACACAGUCUGAACACAGUGAAGCAGAGCUCAUUGGUUGAGCCUGUCUCUCCAUCUAAAAAGCAAGAAACUGCAGCACCUUUUGUGACCGAAUCUCUUGACAAGAGAUUAGAGGAUUCUAGCUCAACCCAGUUGCUUGUGACUCAAUCAGAAGAAAGUGACCUGAAUAAUAGAACUAGCAACACUCAGAAUCGCUUGCUCCUUUCCGAGGAAUGUGAUAGUGCCCAUUCUCUCCAUCUUGAAAUGGCAAGAAGAGAAGCUCAUCAAGUUUCCAUGGAAAUCCAAGAAUCCUCCCCCAGACUUACAGUAGCCAGUAGAAAUAGUCUUUCUUCUCCACUAAAGGAAUUAUCAGGAAAACUAAUGAAAAGUAUAGAACAAGAUGCAGUGAAUACUUUUACCAAAUAUAUAUCUCCAGAUGCUGCUAAACCAAUACCUAUUACAGAAGCAAUGAGAAAUGAUAUCAUAGCUAAGAUUUGUGGAGAAGAUGGGCAGGUGGAUCCCAACUGUUUCAUUUUGGCACAGUCCAUAGUCUUCAGUGCAAUGGAGCAAGAGCACUUUAGUGAGUUUCUGCGAAGUCACCAUUUCUGUAAAUACCAGAUUGAAGUGCUGACCAGUGGAACUGUUUACCUGGCUGACAUUCUCUUCUGUGAGUCAGCCCUCUUUUAUUUCUCUGAGUACAUGGAAAAAGAAGAUGCAGUGAAUGUCUUGCAGUUCUGGUUGGCAGCAGAUAACUUCCAGUCUCAGCUUGCUGCCAAGAAGGGCCAGUAUGAUGGACAGGAGGCACAAAACGAUGCCAUGAUUUUAUAUGACAAGUACUUCUCCCUGCAGGCCACACAUCCUCUUGGAUUUGAUGAUAUUGUAAGAUUAGAAAUUGAAUCUAAUAUCUGCAGGGAAGGUGGGCCACUCCCCAACUGUUUUACAACUCCAUUACGUCAGGCCUGGACAACCAUGGAGAAGGUGUUUUUGCCUGGCUUUCUGUCCAGCAACCUGUAUUAUAAAUAUUUGAAUGAUCUCAUUCAUUCGGUUCGAGGGGAUGAAUUUCUGGGAGGGAAUGUCUCACUGACCGCUCAUGGCUCUGCCAGUGCUCCUGACGACUCUCACCAGGGCGGUCCUGACAGCUCAGCAUCUCAGUCCAGUUUGAAAAAAGCUAGUGUUAAAAUUCUGAAAAAUUUUGAUGAAGCAAUAAUUGUGGAUGCUGCAAGUCUGGAUCCAGAAACUUUAUAUCAACGGACAUAUGCAGGGAAGAUGACGUUUGGAAGAGUCAGUGAUGUGGGGCAGUUCAUCCGGGAAUCUGAGCCUGAACCUGAUGUGAAGAAAUCAAAAGGAUCCAUGUUCUCACAAGCUAUGAAGAAAUGGGUGCAAGGAAAUACUGAUGAGGCCCAAGAAGAGCUAGCUUGGAAAAUUGCUAAAAUGAUAGUUAGUGAUGUUAUGCAGCAGGCGCAAUAUGAUCAACCAUUAGAGAAGUCUACAAAGCUAUGA